AUGUCUGGAAUUUGGAGAUGGAGGAAUCUCAAAUCCUUGGCUUUGCAUGCCCGCUCUGUUUCACCUGUUCCGACUCAUCAUCUCUAUUCUCUGGAAUUGGGAUCGUCUCCGCAUCGCCGUCGUCUUCAGGAACGAUUCAAAUCGGAGCAAGGCGGUGUUGGUGGCGGCAGCAACGGCGGAGGAGGAGGAGCCGGAGGAGAUGAUUUUCCGGUGCCGACCACGCGUCGGAAGUUGAGAGCCGAGCCUAAUUGUCCUCGUUGCUCGAAGCAAAUGGAUCUGAUCUUCUCGAAUCGUCAGUUUCCUUCUUCUAGUCUUCUUCGCCGUCCCGAUGAUGAUUCCGAUUCCGCCGCCGGAGACAAAACCAAUUUCCAAUCUGUCAAUUUCUGUCCGACUUGCAAAACCGCUUACGGAUUCAAUCCUCGCGGCGUCUCUCCUCUUCAAGGCACAUUCAUCGAGAUCGGCCGUGUUCAAUCCCCAAAUUCCACCACCACCACCACCAAUACUUCGAAAUCAUCCAUCAGGAAACAACAUUCGAAAGACACAAAUCAAGGAUUCGGCGGAAGCAACAAUCUCAGCUCCAAUUACAGAAACAAGCUCAGAUCUUCCUUCUGGGACACGCUUAGAUCUUACGGAGCUGAGCCACCGGAGGAUUGGUCUCCACCUCCUCCUCCUUUGAAUGCUCCUCCUUCCUCAAACAGCAAUAUCGCUCCUGCCUCUAACGGAGCCGUCAAAAUUGAAACUUCUCCGUUACCCGAUGCGGCCAACGACGUUAGUAGCCGAUGGGGCGGAGCUGGCCUUGGCAGAGACUUUCCUACUCCGAAAGAGAUUUGCAAUUGGCUUGACAAGUUCGUCAUUGGCCAAAGCCGCGCCAAAAAGGUGCUCUCUGUCGCUGUGUAUAACCAUUACAAGAGAAUAUAUCAUACCUCUAUGAAGAAAGGGUCAGCAGCACAAGCAAUUGAUGAUGACGAUAAUGUAGAAUUAGAUAAGAGCAAUGUUCUCCUGAUGGGGCCUACUGGCUCUGGGAAGACGUUACUCGCAAAGACUUUAGCUCGGCUUGUAAAUGUUCCUUUUGUCAUUGCUGAUGCAACUACACUGACUCAGGCUGGCUAUGUUGGUGAUGAUGUAGAAUCAAUCCUUCAUAAGCUACUAACGGUGGCUGAGUUCAACGUGCAAGCAGCACAGCAGGGAAUAGUCUACAUCGACGAAGUUGAUAAGAUUACGAAGAAGGCUGAGAGUUUAAACAUUAGCCGGGAUGUUUCUGGGGAAGGUGUCCAACAGGCGCUUUUGAAAUUACUGGAAGGCACUAUUGUAAAUGUUCCAGGGAAAGGAGCAAGGAAGCAUCCACGGGGUGACCAUAUACAGAUAGACACAAAAGAUAUCCUCUUUAUCUGUGGAGGAGCAUUUGUUGACCUUGAGAAGACCAUUGUAGAUAGACGACAAGAUUCAUCAAUUGGUUUUGGAGCUCCUGUCCGUGCCAACAUGGCUACCGGCGGAGUGACUAGUGGCGCAAUAACUUCAUCUUUGCUAGAAACGGUUGAGGGUGCGGACCUGACAGCGUAUGGCCUCAUACCGGAGUUUGUAGGACGCUUUCCCAUAUUAGUUAGUUUGUCAGCUCUAGCAGAAGACCAGCUCAUUCGGGUGCUUGUUGAACCCAAAAAUGCUCUAGGGAAACAGUACAAGAAACUAUUUAGCAUGAAUGACGUAAAGCUGCAUUUUACUGAGAGAGCACUCGGGAUGAUUUCGAAGCUAGCGAUGGUGAAGAACACAGGUGCGAGGGGACUAAGAGCCUUGCUUGAAAGCAUUCUUACCGAGGCCAUGUUUGAGAUUCCAGAUGCAAAGAAGGGAGAUGAAAGAAUCGACGCGGUUAUUGUAGAUGAGGAAUCAACAGGGGCAGAAGCUUCUCGUGGAUGCACAGCAAAGAUACUUAGAGGAGAUGGUGCUUUCGAGCGUUACCUCAGCGAGAACAAGUCGAGCGAUGCUACAGAAACAACGGUUGACGAAAGAUUAAGCUCGGGGAGAGCAAUGAGCGUGUAA